AUGAAAAAUCGUGAUAAUAGUUUGAAAUUUGUGAGCUACCAGCGACUAUCAUUAUCACGAUUCUCGAAUAAAUAUAUAAAAACUAGUGGUGAGGAUGCACCUACAUGGACACAGUGGAAGGUUUACUAUCCGGUCGCUGUCGACAUUAUGAACGCUUUCUCUCUUCUUCUCAUGACUACGAUCCUGUCCGUGAUCCUAACCGCUAUGUGUCAAAAUGACACCGUAGAUCAGUCCACAAUGAAUGAAGCUGACGCUCCCGUAGACAGUGAGCAGACGGUUAUUACCACCAGUACGUCCACAGACGAUAUGGACAUCGAUGAUCGUGCAAAAGAAAAUAAUGGCGAAGUAAAUGAAUUUGUGGAGCCAGAUAACCAGUACCCGAGGUUCAAUUAG